AAGGACAUGGUCACGCCGGCCCAGGCCAAGGCCCUCAAGAAGGAGGGCUACAAGCUCAUCGGGUCCCACAGCGCCGUCAAGCUCUGCCGCUGGACGAAGCACCAGCUCCGGGGCCGCGGCGGCUGCUACAAGCACACGUUCUACGGCAUCACGUCCUACCAGUGCAUGGAGGCGACGCCGUCCCUCGCCUGCGCGAACAAGUGCGUCUUCUGCUGGCGCCACCACAAGAACCCCGUGGGCACGAGCUGGAAGUGGAAGGCCGACGACCCCGAGGCCAUCGUCGCCGAGGCCGUCGACCUCCACGUGGCCAUGAUCAAGGAGUGCCGGGGCGUGCCGGGCGUCGUCGACUGGCGCUGGCGCGACGCGCACACGGUCCGCCACUGCGCGCUCUCGCUGGUCGGCGAGCCCAUCAUGUACCCGCGCAUCAACGAGCUCCUCGGCGAGCUCCACGGCCGGCGGAUCUCCACGUUCCUCGUGACGAACGCGCAGUUCCCCGAGGCCAUCCGCACGCUGCGGCCCGUGACGCAGCUCUACGUCUCCGUCGACGCGCCCAACGAGGCCGACCUCGUCGAGGUCGACCGGCCGCUCUUCGGCGACGCGUGGGACCGGCUCCGCGCGUCGCUCGUGCUGCUCCGCGAGAAGCGGCAGCGCACGGUCGCGCGGCUCACGCUCGUCAAGGGCCACAACGAGCGCGACGUCGCGGGCUACGCGGGCCUCGUCGCCCUCGGGGAGCCGACGCUCGUCGAGGUCAAGGGCGUGACGUUCUGCGGCAAGUCGGACGCGUCGGACCUCACGAUGGAGAACUGCCCCUGGCACCACGAGGUCGUCGCCUUCUGCGAGGCCCUCGCGGCGGCCCUCGCGGCGAACCACCCGGGCGCGCCGGAGUACCGCAUCGCCUGCAGCCACAAGCACUCCGUGUCCGUGCUCCUCGCGCGCGUCGACCAGCUGGCGACGCUCGACGACUCCGGCGCCGUCGUCUCGUGGAACACGUGGAUCGACUACGACAAGUUCCACGACCUCGAGCGCGCGCACGCGGCGACGGGCGCACCCUUCGGCGUCGAGGACUACGCGGUCCCCGCGCCGCCCUGGGCCCUCUUCGGCGCGGCGGAGGACGGCUUCGACCCCGUCGACACGCGCGUCUACAAGAAGAAGGCCAACGGCAAGUCGCGCUGA